AUGGUUUUGUUUCGCAGGAAACAGGUGUGAAGACUUGGCUGGAAAACAAUUGUGUGUUCAUGAAUGCACAGAGAAACAUUAAAUUGUUUAUGUGUAGGGCUAUGUGUGCAUGUAUUCAUUAUUUUCUAUGUGUGUCUGUAUGUGUGCACUACGUCACUUCCUGUUGAACACUUCCUGUUGAAUGCGGAAUGAGGGAGAGCUCAGUUUGUUGUUUUGAAGAGUUUGUUGCUUUGAAGUGUAAAGUUUCUUGGUAGCUAGCUAACUUUUUAGUUUGGAUCACGCAACGGAUUUGGCAUCAGUUGCUGGGACUGCUACUCCCUGUCCAGUGAUCCUGCGCACCCUGAGGAGCUAUUAGGCGUAGCAGUUAGCCUAGCUGCUAGCUAGCUGCCUAUCAAACUAACAAGGUUUUCUUGAGGGGUUGAACGCAGCCCGCGACGCAGUUUGCGAUUGUGGCUGGGACUGUGGAUUGUUGCGGGUUUGUGGCUGUCUAGAUCCCUGCUGUUUGUUGUUUUCAAUCUUCCCUGUGACCUGCCCUGUCUCGAACUGCGAGGAGUAACAGCAUAAGCUACGUUGCUAGCUACCAUGACAAAGACCAAAGCCGGCGAGUGUACAGUUGAGGAAAGUGGUGCCUCUCUAUCACAGGUGAAGGAUAUUUUAAACAAACAAAAAGAGUUCUACAAACAGCUGUUACAACAACAAGAAAAUAGCUUCAAGUGUUUUGUCCAAAUAAUGGUCAAUUCAACUAAUAAAAGAAUGGACAUCCUGACCAGAGAGGUCCAGGACCUGAAGAACUGUUUGCAGUUCUCCCAGGGUCAGCUCGAUGAGGUGAAACAGGAGAACGGCAAGAUGACAGCAAUCUGUAAGUCCUUGAGAGAAGACAUCAGUUCCGUGUGUGAAUCCAUGAUAACAAUGAUGGAAAAAUCUCAGUCUUGUCUCGAGAGACAAUCAAGGCGGAACAACAUGGUUGUGAACGGAAAUGCAAAAUCUCCACACGAGACCUGGACAGAGUCUGAGGACAAAGUGAGGGAAAUGAUCUCUGAGAAAUUGAAGAUGGACCACUGGAAGAAUGAGGUGGAGCGCGCCCACAGGACUGGAAAACCCACCACCAGCCCAGAUGACAGGCCCAGGCCGAUUGUCGUCAAGUUCCUGAGGUUCAAGGACAAGGUACAGUGGCAACAGUAUUCACCCCCCUUGUUCUGGAAAGAGCCAAGAUCUUGAAAGGAACGUACAGUACCAGUCGAAAGCUUGGACACACCUACUUUUUUUCUUUCUUUUUUGCUAUUUUCUACACUGUAUAAUAAUAGUGAAGACAUCAAACCUAUGAAAUAACACAUAUGAAUCAUGUAGUAACCAAAAAAGCGUUCAACAGACCAAAAUAUAUUUUAGAUUUUAGAUUCUUCAAAGUAGCCACCCUUUGCCUUGAUGACAGCUUUGCACACUCUUGGCAUUCUCUCAACCAGCUUCAAUAUGAAAUCAAUAAGAUCAAUGAAAUAAAGAAUGACAGCAAAAAGCUUUGGAGCAACUUAAAUGACAUUUUUGGCAAAAAGGCAAACUCUGAUCCAUCAUUCAUUGAAUCAGAUGGCUCAUUCAUCACAAACCCACUGACAUUGCCAACUACUUUAAUAAUAUUUCCAUUGGCAUAUUUUGCAAACUUGGUCAUGACAUGCCAGCAACAAAUGCUAACACUCCAGAUCCAAGUAUAUCUGACCAAAUUAUGAAAGACAAACAUUGUAAUUUUGAAUUCCGUAAAGUAAGUGUGGAAGAGGUGAAAACAUUAUUAUUGUCGAUCAACAAUGACAAGCCACAUGGGUCUGACAACUUGAUUGGAAAAUUAUUGAGGAUAAUAGCGGACAAUAUUGCCACUCCUAUUUGCCAUAUCUUCAAUUUAAGCCUACUAGAAAGUGUGGCCCCUCAGGCCUGGAGGGAAGCAAAACUUAUUCCCCUACUUAAGAAUAGUAAAGCCCCCUUUACUGGCUCAAAUAGCUGACCAAUCAGCCUGUUACCAACCCUUAGUAAACUUUUGGAAAAAAUUGUUCGACCAAAUAAAAUGCUAUUUUUCAGUAAACAAAUUGACAAGAGACUUUCAGCGACAUUCAACAAGCACAGCACUUACACAAAUGACUGUUGAUUUGCUGAGAGAAAUUGAUGAUAAAAAGAUUGUGGGGGCUGUUUUGUUAGACUUCAGUAUGGCUUUUUACAUUAUCGAUCAUAGUCUGUUGCUGGAAAAAUAUAUGUGUUACGGCUUUACACCCCCUGCUAUAUUGUGGAUAAAGAGUUACCUGUCUAACAGAACACAGAGGGUGUUCUUUAUUGGAAGCCUCUCCAACAAAAUCCAGGUAGAAUCAGGAAUUCCCCAGGGCAGAUGUCUAGGCCCCUUACUUUUUUCAAUCUUUACUAACGACAUGCCACUGGCUUUGAGUAAAGCCAGUGUCUAUGUAUGCGGAUGACUCAACACUAUACACGUCUGCUACCAUAGCGACUGAAAUGACAGCAACACUUAACGAAGAGCUGCAGUUAGUUUCAGAAUGGCUGGCAAGGAAUGUCCUAAACAUUUCAAAAACUAAAAGCAUUGUAUUUGGGACAAAUCAUUAACUAACCCUAAACCUCAACUAAACCUUGUAAUGAAUAAUGUGGAAAUUGUGCAUGUUGAGGAGACUAAAUUGCUUGGAAUAACCCUGGAUUGUAAAAUGUCAUGGUCAAAUAUAUUAAAACAGUAGCUUUGAUGGGAAGAAGUCUUUCAAUAAUAAAGCGCUCCUCUGCAUUCUUAACAGCACUAUUAACAAGGAAGGUCCUACAGGCCAUAGUUUUGUAACACCUGGACUACUGUUCAGUCGUGUGGUCAGGUGCCACAAAUAGGGAUUUAGUUAAAUUGCAAUUGGCUCAGAACAGGGCAGCACGGCUGGCCCUUGGAUGUACACACAUAGAGCUAACAUUAAUGCAUGUCAAUCUCUCCUGGCUCAAAGUGGAGGAGAGAUUGACUACAUCACUACUUGUAUUUGUGAGAGGUAUUGACAUGUUGAAUGCACAGAGAUGUCUGUUUGAACUACUGGCACACAGCUCGGACACAUAUGCAUACCCCACAAGACAUGCCACCAGAGAUCUCUUCACAGUCCCCAAGUCAAGAACAGACUAUGGGAGGCGCACAGUACUACAUAGAGCCAAGUAACUCACGCCAGAAGUAAAAUUAGAUUUAAAAAACAGAUAAAAAUACGCCUUAUGGAACAGCAAGGACUGUGAAGCAACACAAACAUAGACACGUGCAUACAAACACACAAUAACAUACACACUAUACACACAUACACAUGGAUUUUCUGUUAUAGAUAUCUGGUAGUAGAGUAGUGGCCUGAGGGCACACACUUUAUAUGUUGUGAAAUCUGUUGUGAAUGUAUUGCAAGGAUUUUAAAAUGUAUAACUGCCUUAAUUUUGCUGGACCCCAGGAAGAGUAGCUGUUGCCUUGGCAGCGGCUAAUGGUAAUUCAUAAUAAAUACAAAUACAAAUAACUUGCCAUCAGAUAACGUUCAUAAAUUAGCUAUUUCUGAGACUCACUUAAACGAUACAUUUGAUGAUACAGCAGUAGCAAUACCAGGAUAUACAAUCUAUAGAAGAGACAGAAAUGCUUAUGGGGGAGGUAUCACUAUAUACAGUACCAGUCAAAAGUUUUAACAAACCUACUCAUUCGAGGGGUUUUCUUUAUUUUUACUAUUUUUUACAUUGUAGAAUAAUAGUGAAGAUAUUAAACUAUGAAAUAACACAUAUGGAAUCAUGUAGUAACCAAAAAAGUGUUAAACAAAUCAAAAUAUAUUUUAUAUUUGAGAUUCUUCAAAUAGCCACACUUUGCCUAGAUGACAGCUUUGCACACAAAAAAAUGAUCAGUCUAUAAUUUUAAUGGUAGGUUUAUUUGAACAGUGAACAAAUCCAGAAAAAUGCAUGUCAAAAAUGUUAUGAAUUGAUUAGCAUUUUAAUGAGGGAAAUAAGUAUUUGACCCUUCUGCAAAACAUGAUUUUGUACUUGCCCUUGUUGGCAAUCACAGAGGUCAGACGUUUCUUGUAGUUGGCCACCAGGUUUGCACACAUCUCUGGAGGGAUUUUGUCCCACUCGUCUUUGCAGAUCUUCUCCAAGUCAUUAAGGUUUCGAGGCUGACGUUUGGCAACUCAAACCUUCAGCUCCCUCCACAGAUUUUCUAUGGGAUUAAGGUCUAGAGACUGGCUAGGCCACUCCAGGACCUUAAUGUGCUUCUUCUUGAGCCACUCCUUUGUUGCCUUGGCCAUGUGUUUUGGGUCAGUGUCAUGCUGGAAUACCCAUCCACGACCCAUUUUCAAUGCCCUGGCUGAGGGAAGGAGGUUCUCACCCAAGAUUUGACGGUAAAUGGCCCCGUCCAUCGUCCUUUUGUUGCGGUGACGUUGUCCUGUCCCCUUAGCAGAACCCCCCCCCCCCCCCCCCCCCCCCCCCAAAGCAUAAUGUUUCAACCUCCAUGUUUGACGGUGGGGAUGGUGUUCUUGGGGUCAUAGGCAGCAUUUCUCCUCCUCCAAACACGGCUAGUUGAGUUGAUGCCAAAGAGCUCAAUUUUGGUCUCAUCUGACCACAACACUUUCACCCAGUUCUCCUCUGAAUCAUUCAGAUGUUCAUUGGCAAACUUCAGACGGGCCUGUAUAUGUGCUUUCUUGAGCAGGGGGACCUUGCGGGCGCUGCAGGAUUUCAGUCCUUCUUGGCGUAGUGUGUUACCAAUUGUUUUCUUGGUGACUAUGGUCCCAGCUGCCUUGAGAUCAUUGACAAGAUUCUCCCGUGUAGUUCUGGGCUGAUUCGUCACCGUUCUCAUGAUCAUUGCAACUCCACAAGGUGAGAUUUUACAUGGAGCCCGAGGCCGAGGGAGAUUGACAGUUAUUUUGUGUUUCUUCCAUUUGCGAAUAAUCACACCAACUGUUGUCACCUUCUCACCAAGCUGCUUGGCGAUGGUCUUGUAGCCCAUUCCAGCCUUGUGUAGGUCUACAAUCUUGUCCCUGACAUCCUUGGAGAGCUCUUUGGUCUUGGCCAUGGUGGAGAGUUUGGAUUCUGAUUGAUGGAUUGCUUCUGUGGACAGGUGUCUUUUAUACAGGUAACAAGAUGAUAUUAGGAGCACUCCCUUUAAGAGUGUGCUCCUAAUCUCAGCUCAUUACCUGUAUAAAAGACACCUGGGAGCCAGAAAUCUUUCUGAUUGAGAGGGGGUCAAAUACUUAUUUCCCUCAUUAAAAUGCAAAUCAAUUUAUAACAUUUUUGACAUGCAUUUUUCUGGAUUUUUUUGUUGUUAUUCUGUCCCUCACUGUUCAAAUAAACCUACCGUUAAAAUUAUAGACUGAUCAUUUCUUUGUCAGUGGGCAAAUGUACAAAAUCAGCAGGGGAUCAAAAACUUUUUUUUGAUUUUAAAAUUGAUGUACUUCUGUUAUUGAGCUGUUCUUGUCUAUUAAUGUUCUGUAUUAUGUCAUGUGUUAUGUUUUGUGUGGACCCCAGGAAGAUGCAACAGCUAAUAGGGAUCCUAAUAAAAUACCAAAUACCAAAUGUCCAUGUGAUCUGUGAUACUAUCUCACCUCUAGUGGCUAACCGACUACAUCUCGUUCCUCCAGGCUAAAGUGCUCACGCAGGCUUUUUCUGAGGUGUCAUCCCAAGAGCGGGGGAUCUGUUGGGGCCAGGGCACUGCGGGUCACCACAGGCUAAUUUAGUAGUGCCGCUAACCAGGCUAGUGCCCUCAGCUCCUCAACCGUUCACCUUUUCCUGACCCUGUUAGCAUGGUGACAGCUAGCUACCGCCAACCUCUCUUUUCACCUUGGUUUCCAAUUGGCCCUUUUUUAAAUAUAUUUAUAUAUAUAUGUAUCGUCCAGAGUGUGUGUGCAUGUGUUUGUGUGUUAGUGUGUGUGCGUGUGCAUGUGCGUGUGUGUGUAAUUUUAAAUAUAUAUAUAUUCUUUUUAGAUUGUUAUUAAGAGCUUCUUUCUAUUUUUGUCUGAAUUCAUCACUUCUCUUCUAUUUUCAGUCAUUAUCUGUGUGUAUCAGUGUGUAUCUGUGUGUUUUUGUGUGUAUCUGUGUGUAUCUGUGUGUAUCUGUGUUUGGCUCUUGCUGUAACCUUCAGUCAGUUCUGACCUUGCGUAUAGGACCCCGGAGUGCUGCAUGAUGAAAACAUGAUCAUAUAUUUGAGGACAGAGUAUUUAAUGUGACAGGCACUAAUUCAUGAUGACAAAACGCACACACACACACAGAGGCACCCACCCACACAGAGACACACCCACGUUCAGGGACCAGGGAUCUUGAUUAAACGACGGGGGAAGUGAUGGAAUGUCAGAACCAUUUAAUGUAAAGUUCUGACACUUUUAUGAGGCUUGCUCUAAGACAUGAGUGCGUGCGUGCGACAUGUGCAUGUGCACGUGUGUGUGUGUGUGUGUGUGUGUGUGUGCGGGUUCGUGCGUGCGUGCGUGCGUCUGUGCGUGUGUGUGUGUGUGUGUACAUUUGUUUAUGUGUGCACCACUAUAUAUAUCUAUUAGGUUUAAUGGUGUGUGGGGGAAGUGAAGCUCCUGAGUAUUGUCCCAUGACGCGUUAACAAUUUGUCAAUCAACACUCUCCAAUUACAAAUAUAAUACACUCAAAUGACUUGGCAGGCGGCCAUUAGAUUUCUGCGGUGCGGUGGUAGAACACCCUGAUACAAGUCAGUAUCCGACGAUGUCUGAGGACAUCGGGAGACGAUGUGGGAACCAGUCACUAGGGGCAACAGUGAGCGCCGUUACCUCCUACCUUACAUCGCCGAAGUCAAGGAUCGGUAGAAUAGUCAGUUUUACGAGGGCAUGUUUGGCAGCAUGAGUGAAGGAGGCUUUAUUGGGAAAUAGGUAGCCGAUUCUAGAUAUAACUUUGGAUUGGAGAUGCUUAAUGUGAGUCUGGAAGGAGAGUUUACGGUCUAACCAGACACCUAGGUAUUUGUAGUUGUCCACAAAUUCUAAGUCAGACCCACCGAGAGUAGUGAUUCUAGUCGGGCGGGCGGUGCGAGCAGCGUUCGAUUGAAGAGCAUGCGUUUAGUUUUACUAGCGUUUAAGAGCAGUUGGAGGCUACGGAAGGAGUGUUGUAUGGCAUUGAAGCUCGUUUGGUGGUUUGUUAACACAGUGUCCAAUGAAGGGCCAGAUGUAUACAAAAUGGUGUCGUCUGCGUAGAGGUGGAUCUGAGAGUCACCAGCAGCAAGAGCGACAUCAUUGAUAUACACAGAGAAUAGAGUCGGCCCGAGAUUUGAACCCUGUGGCACCCCCAUAGAGACUGCCAGAGGUCCAGACAACAGGCCCUCCGAUUUGACACAUUGAACUCUAUCUGAGAAGUAGUUGGUGAACCAGGCGAGGCAGUCAUUUGAGAAACCAAGGCUAUUUAGUCUGCCGAUAAGAAUGCGGUGAUUGACAGUGUCGAAAGCCUUGGCCAGGUUGAUGAAGACGGCUGCACAGUACUGUCUUUUAUCGAUCGCAGUUAUAAUAUCGUUUAGGACCUUGAGCGUGGUUGAGGUGCACCCAUGACCAGCUCGGAAACCAGAUUGCAUAGCGGAGAAGGUACGGUGGGAUUCGAAAUGGUCGGUGAUCUGUUUGUUAACUUGGCUUUCAAAUACUUUCGAAAGGCAGGGCAAGAUGGAUAUAGGUCUGUAACAGUUUGGAUCUAGAGUGUCACCCCCUUUGAAGAGGGGGGUGACCGCGGCAGCUUUCCAAUCUCUGGGGAUCUCAGAUGAUACGAAAGAGAGGUUGAACAAACUAGUAAUAGGGGUUGCUACAAUUUCGGCGGCUAAUUUUAGAAAGAAAGAAUCCAGAUUGUCUACCCCAGGUUUUGCAGCUCUUUCAGAACAUCAGCUAUCUGAAUUUGGGUGAAGGAGAAGCGCAGGGGGGGCAUGGGCAAGUUUCAGCGGAGGGUGCAGAGCUGGUGGCCGGGGUAGAGGUAGCCAGGUGGAAAGCAUGGCCAGCCGUAGCAAAAUGCUUAUUGAAAUUCUCGAUUAUCGUAGAUUUAUCAGUGGUGACAGUGUUUCCUAGCCUCAGUGCAGUCGGCAGCUGGGAGGAGGUGCUCUUAUUCUCCAUGGACUUUACAGUGUCCCAAAACUUUUUGGAGUUAGUGCUAAAGGAUGCAAAUUUCUGUUUGAAAAAGCUAGCCUUUGCUUUCCUAACUGAUUGUGUAUAUUGGUUCCUGACUUCCCUGAAAAGUUGCAUAUCGCGGGGGCUGUUCGAUGCUAAUGCAGUACGCCACAGAAUGUUUUUGUGCUGGUCAAGGGCAGUCAAGUCUGGGGUGAACUAGGGGCUAUAUCUGUUCUUAGAUCUGAAUUUUUUGAAUGGGGCAUGCUUAUUUAAGAUGGAGAGGAAAGCACUUUUAAAGAACAACCAGGCAUCCUCUACUGACGGAAUGAGGUAAAUAUCCAUCCAGGAUACCCGGACCAGGUCAAUUAGAAAGGCCUGCUUGCUGAAGUGUUUUAGGAAGCGUUUGACGGUGAUGAGGGGUGGUCAUUUGACAGCGGACCCAUUACGGACGCAGGCAAUGAGGCAGUGAUCGCUGAGAUCCUGGUUGAAGACAGGGGAGGUGUAUUUAGAGGGUAAAUUAGUCAGGAUUAUAUCUAUGAAGGUGGCCAUGUUUACGGAUUUAGGAUUGUACCUGGUAGGUUCCUUGAUAAACAUCUAGUUUAGAUUGUGGAACGGCCGGGGUGUUAAGCGUAUCCCAGUUUAGGUCACCAAGCAGUACGAACUCUGAGGAUAGAUGGCGGGCAAUCAAUUCACAUAUGGUGUCCAGGGCACAGCUCGGGGCUGAGGGGGGUCUGUAACAAGUGGCAAGAGUGAUAGACUUAUUUCUGGAAAGGUGGAUUUUAAGAAGUAGAAGCUCAAACUGUUUGGGCACAGACCUGAAUAGUAUGAUAGAGCUCUGCAGGCUAUCUCUACAGUAGAUUGCAACUCCGCCCCCUUUGGCAGUUCUAUCUAGAUGGAAAAUGUUGUAGUUGGGGAUGGACAUUUCUGAAUUUUUGGUGGCCUUCCUAAGCCAGGAUUCAGACACUGCUAGAACAUCAGGGUUGGCGGAGUGUGCUAACGCAGUGAAUAACUCAAACUUAGUUAGGAGGCUUCUGAUGUUAACAUGCAUGAAACCAAGGCUUUUACGGUUACAGAAGUCAACAAAUGAUAGCGCUGGGGAGUAGGAGUGAUACUGGGGGCUACUGGGCCUGGGUUAACCUCUACAUCACCAGAGGAACAGAGGAGGAGUAGAAUAAGGAUACAGCUAAAGGCUUUAAGAACUGGUCUUCUAGUGCGUUGUGUACAGAGAAUAAAAGGGGCAGAUUUCCGGGCGUUGUAGAAUAGAUUCAGGGCAUUAUGUACAGACAAGGAUAUGGAAGGAUAUGAUUACAGUGGAGGUAAACCUAAGCGUUGGGUAACGAUGAAAGAGAUAGCAUCACUAGAGGUACCGAUUGAGCCGGUCUCUGCGUGUAUGGGGGUGGGACAAAGGAGCUAUCUAAGGCAGGUUGAGCUAGACUGGGGGCUCUACAGUGAAAUAGUACAAUAAGAACUAACCGAAACAGCAAUAGGCAAGGCACAUUGACAUGGGAGAGAGGCAUAAAGCAAUCACAGGUGUUAUUCGAGAGAGCUAAGACAACACUGGUAAUGGUGACGAAAGUUUGGGCUGAGGCUAAACAGAUAAACAGGACAGAUAAACAGGAUGGGGUACCGUGUAAAGGAAUGGUCCAGCAGGCAUCAGCUGUGUAGCUGAGUGAUCAUAAGGUCCAGUGAACAGCAAUAGGUGAGUCCGGGAGUAGUUCGAUGGCUGCUAUGGCACAGGUGAGCAGGAGGCACGGCUGUUGAUUGCGUGUGCUAGCGGGCCGGGGCUAGCCUGUUGAAACAACAUCAGACGAUUACAUCGGCAGACCAGUCGUGAUGGAUCGGCGGGGCUCCGUAUCGACAAUAGGAGAUCCCUUCUGGUUGACAGAGAAGUAGAUAGCCGGAAGAUGGGCCUGGCACGAGGCUAGCUCAAGGCUAACUGGUGCUUGCUUCGGGGGUAGUGGUGAUUAGCCAACAACAACAUCCAUUCGGUUGCAGCAGCUAGUUGCGAUGAUCCGGUGUUAAGGUUCAGUGAUUCCGGCAGAUAAUCCGAUAUGCUCUAGCUCGAUAGCGCGCUGUGCAGACUGUGCAGACUGGUCGAUAAUUGUCCAGGCUAGAGCUGGCUGGUAGGUAGUGCAGGUCACGGACAAUGGUGAAAACCGCUAAUGGUGGCUAAUAGCAAGUAGCUAGUUAGCUGAAACCAGCAAUAUAUAGUUGUUUCCGAUAUUUUGUAUUUUAAACCAAUCCCAAACCUUAACCCUUAACUUAACCAUUCUGAGUUUAUGCCUAAACUUAACCUUAAACGAUCCAAAAUGUGAUGUUUGGAACAACUUCGAAGUGUGACAUUUGAGAAACAUGGAUGAACACCUAAUAUGAUGCGAGACUGUAAGAGCUGGUAGGGUAGAACGCUAUUAAAGCAGGGAUUGGUGUGUGUUCAGCAUUCAACCCUCUGAGUUCACUCUCAUAGGAAAGUCAGAGACAGACAGGGCUGAAUUGAGGACACUUUCAGGAUCUAAUAGGGAUGUCGUGCUGGGCUGUGUGUACAACAAUCUCUCUCUGUCUAACAUCAACACAGUGAGAGGUAGGGGGAAGGUGAGGAGAGGAGAGGAGGGCAGCGGAGGAGAGGAGGAGAGGAGGGCAGCGGAGAAGAGGAGGGAGGGGAGAGAGAGGUGGGAGAGGAGGGAGAGGAGGGAGAGGAGGGGAGGAGAGGAGGAGAGGAGGGAGAGGAGAGGGAGGGUGCAGUGGAGGAGAGGAGGGGCAGCGGAGAAGAGGAGGGAGGGAGAGAGAGAGGUGGGAGAGGAGGGAGAGGAGGGAGGAGAGAGGAGAGGAGGAGAGGAGGGAGAGGAGGCAGGGGAGGAGAGAAGAGGAGGGAGAGGAGGGAGAGGAGGGAGGGAGGGAGAGGAGGGGAGGAGAGGAGGAGAGGAGGGAGAGGAUGGAGAGGGGGGCAGGGGAGGAGAGAAGAGGGGAGAGGGGGGAGAGGAGGGAGGCAGGGGAGGAGAGGAGGAGAGGAGGGAGAGGAGGGAGAGGAGGGCGAGGGGGCAGAGGAGGAGAGAAGAGGAGGGAGAGGGGGGAGAGGAGGGGAGGAGAGGAGGGAGAGGAGGAAGAGAGGAGGGGGCAGGGGAGGAGAGAAGAGGAGGGAGAGGAGGGGAGGAGAGGAGGGAGAGGAGGGAGAGGAGGGAGAGGAGGGAGAGGAGGGAGAGGAGGGAGAGGGGGCAGGGGAGGAGAGAAGAGGAGGGAGAGGGGGGAGAGGAGGGGAGGAGAGGAGGGAGAGGAGGGAGAGGAGGGAGAGGGGCAGGGGAGGAGAGAAGAGGAGGGAGAGGAGGGAGAGGAGGAGAGGAGAGGAGGGAGAGGAGGGAGAGGGGGGAGAGGAGGGGAGGAGAGGAGGGAGAGGAGGGCGGUGGAGGAGAGGAGGGAUGAGAAUUUGCUGUGUUUGCAGAGAGGGAGGAAGAGUCUGUGUGUAGGGUGUGGGGUAGUGUGCAUGAGUGUCUGUGUGUGUAUGUGUGUGUAUGUGUGUGUAACUAUACUUGUGGGGACCAGAAGUCCCCACAAGAAUAGUAAACAAACACAAAUUUGACCAACUGGGAACAUUUUGUUGAUCCCCACAAGGUCAAAUGCUAGUUCUAGGGGGUUUAGAGUUCUAGGGGGUUAGAAUUAGUGUUAGGGUUAGAAUUUGGUUUAGGGUUAGGAUUAGGAGCUUGGGUUACAUUUAAGGUUAGGUUUUCGGGUUAAGGUUAGGGUUAGGGUUAGGGUAAGGUUAAGGGUACAGGUUAGGGGUAGGUUUAGGGUUAGGGGGUAGGGAAGAUAGGAUUUUGAAUGGGACUGAAUUGUGUGUCCCCAAAAGGUUAGUUGUACAAGACUGUGUGUGUGUGUGUGUGUGUUUGAGAGUGUGUGUGUGGGAGAGGGAGAGAGUGUGUGUGUGUGUGUGUGUGUGCGCGCGUGUGUGUGUGUGUGCGUGUUUGUGUGUUACCCCCACCAGGGAAAUGGAGUGACUAGACUCAACUUGUCACCAUGCAGAGUGACACCUAUUGAGAUGAAAACCAGUCAACAGACACAGAGAGAGAGAGAGAGAGAGAGAGAGAGAGAGAGAGAGAGAGGAGAGAGAGAGGGAGAGAGAGAGGAGACGAGGAGAGGAGAGGAGAGCAGAAGGGAGGAGGAGAGAGAGAGGAGGAGAGAGAGAGAGAGAGAGAGAGAGAGAGAGAAAUUAGCUCCUACAAAUAUUGAGAUUUACAUGAUUUUUAGAGUGAAGUACAUUGGAAAAAACAAUACCAGCAUUGUUAUGGUAAUUGUUUACCCACCAGACAUCCAAACGGAGAAAGUUAAGAAAUGUUUCAAAGGUUUGAUGAUGGGACAGAACCAUGAAUGCCUGUUUGCAGAUCUUACCAGUUGCAAAACAAGAGCAAAUGUAAUAUUUAAUACCAAAUGAGGACACAUAUGGAAAAGGGUUAUUUGCAACCAUUUUCGUUUCUCAAAAAAGAGAGGCAUCAGCCAAGGCUGUCAGAUCAGCAUUUUUUAAGAAGCUGACCAGAGCAACACAUAUCAAACAGUCAACUUAUACAAUCAUGGAACUGUAUUGAUACAAGGCAAUGAUUCAAGCCUCCAGUCUUUUGAGAAUGUGUUUGCUACCCUAAAAGUAGAAGCUGAACUCAUCUCAGAAGCUGAGGAAAAAGGAGGGAGAUGAUGGAGGCCCCAACACCCCCAACAGCCUCUGUGACCCAGCAAGAAGCCCUCCGUGUCCCUCUACCUACCUCACCUGCAGCAGACAGAGCCAAGGACAUGCCUACAACACCAAGAACACCUGCUAUGCAACGUUUCCACAACACCCUCUCUCUAGUUGAAGCAGAGGUCAUAGAACUCAGAGAGAACAAGCUUCAAGAGGAUGACACUGUCCUCUGACAAACUGAGUCAGACAAAUGAUGACCUCCGGUAACAUCUGAGCACAACAAGAGAGGAGCUAGAGCAGAGAGAGAGGUGCAUUGACACCCUCAAACAGCAGCUAGUCAUUAUGUCCUCUGCAUCUAGAGAACAUGUCCACCAGCUUGGUACAACACAGGCAGAACCUAAGACCAGCAUGGCCUCCACCACACAGCCUGAUGAUACUGCACCAGCCUCCCAGUCUGCUCCAGCCCAGGUCAACCUACCGGCCUCCCAGUCUGCUCCAGCCCAGGUCAACCUACCAGCCUCCCAGUCUGCUCCAGCCCAGGUCAACCUACCAGCCUCCCAGUCUGCUCCAGCCCAGGUCAACCUACCAGCCUCCCAGUCUGCUCCAGCCCAGGUCAACCUACCGGCCUCCCAGUCUGCUCCAGCCCAGGUCAACCUACCGGCCUCCCAGUCUGCUCCAGCCCAGGUCAACCUACCAGCCUGCCAGUCUGCUCCAGCCCAGGUCAACCUACCAGCCUCCCAGUCUGCUCCAGCCCAGGUCAACCUACCAGCCUCCCAGUCUGCUCCAGCCCAGGUCAACCAACCAGCCUCCCAGUCUGCUCCACCCAGACAAUCACCGACAACUGCAAUCCUUAUCGAUUCAAAUGGGAAGUUCUUGGUCCAGGAAAGAUUAUUCCCUAGACACCAGGUGUAUAAGUUCUGGUGUCCUACAACUGAGAGUGCAAUGCAGCUACUCAGUCAGACCAGGAUUGACACCCCUGACAACAUCAUCAUCCACACUGGCACAGGUGCCAAAGGUGAAAAUGUUUCUGGGGCAGUGAGAAGAGUGGCAGAACGGGCACAGGCUAUGUUCACAACAACCAAUAUAGUUGUGUCCACCCUCCUACCAAGAAAAGCAAAUAAAUCAACAGAUCACUAUGUGCCUCAAUGCUCAACGUCAGAACGGCUCACCUUUCCACUCUGACGUGAACACUUAUACGAUUAUGUACAUCUUGAUCAGGACAUUGUCAAAACCUUUGCUAAGGACCUUAAGGAUGCAACACUUGUCAGGGACCCACACACCCAUCUCCACAGCAGCAGAGACCCCCCGCUCCACUUCCUGAAACAACAGUACCCCCACCAUCCCCAGGAGAGAAGAGCCAGACACAGCUUACUACAGCACAGCUCUACAAGACCAGGCCCAACACAGCACAGAUUUACCAGACCAGACCCGACUCAGGACAGCACGACCAGACCCGGCCCAUCACAACACAGCUCUACUAGACCCGGCCCAUCACAACACAGCUCUUCUAGACCCGGCCCAUCACAACACAGCUCUACUAGACCCGGCCCACCACAACACAGCUCUACUAGACCCGGCCCAUCCCAAAACAGCACUACUAGACCCGGCUCAUCACAACACAACACCACUAGACCCGGCCCAUCACAACACAGCACUGACCACUACUCUAGGGUCGGGCAGAACACUGUCCUUCAGAGAAGUGCACCACAUGAUGCAGUCCACAACAUGUAUCAUUCAGAUCAUCAGCCUACAUAUGCUGAGGUAACCUCUGGCAAAACACACCUAGAACUAUCAGAGAUUGGAGAGGUGCUCCAACUACUGCAUCUAAUAUACAGACUACUGGGAUAGAUAG